AACGUUCCAGUGUUUGGAAGACUGACUGUAAAGAUGGUAGAUGAAGCUGGUGACAGGGAUGAUUCCUCAAAUGUUGCCAUCAUUAAAGAAGUAUACGAUAAUGAAAAUGCACAUGAAACAUUCGAAUAUGAGUUAGAAAGAGCAUUAGAAUCUGAAUGCAGUUUAAUUGUUAUUGAACCAUCAAAAUUAGGUGAUGAGACCUCCAGAUGGAUAGCAGUAGGAAAUUGUCUUCAUAAGACUGCAGCCCUGUCUGGUCUUGCUGCGAUAACCACAGGUCUAAUUUGGGGAGACCAGCCCUAUAUUUGUGGCCCAUUAGGUUUUAUAUCUGUAAUAUCCUGUGGACUUUAUACUGUUUCUUGGCAGUUUGAUCCUUGUUGCCAAUAUCAAGUAGAGACUGACACAAGCAAGCUACCACAUAAACUUUUAGCUGCUUUAGGACCAUCACUUCCAACAUUUCUUGUAAGAAAGGAUGAUACGAGAAGAAGAAUCCUUCACACUACUAUAACAUUGGUAGCACUCAGCAUCAGUGCCUGGAGAGUUUAUCAAGCAUUUAAGUGAAAUAUUUACAGUCAAGAAAGAAAGAAUCUGAAUUGUAGAAAGCAGUAAGGUAGGCCAUACGAUAUGUUGUAAAUGAUCGUAAUAAGGCCUCUCAUAGAAAUCUGUGAAUUACAAUUUCAUAUAUAUUAGUGGAGAUUGUUGAGUCACACAAAUCUAUUUUUGUUUGAUGUUUAUACUUCUUUUAUGUUUUAACACUACCUCAUAGGUGGAUGCUGAUUUUGCAAUGAAAAGGAAAGUAAAUAACAAGACAGAUUAAGAAAAGCUUGUUCUAAGAAUAUUUUCAAUUCAAAGUAUGGUGUUUUUUAAAGCUCCACAUUGUUACUCUAUGAUCUCCAUCUUAUUGAUUACAUCGUAAUUAAUAUCAACAUAAAAAAGACACGGUCAUAUUCACAUUAUCACUUGAGUGAUACAACUACUGAUAUAAGUGUUCUUAGAUUUAUGCAAAAUUACAACCAUACACCUGGAAAGUUGGAUUUAGAACUAUAUAUUUUUAGAUUGUAAAUAAAGUAGAUAGAAUACACUGCAUAUGAUAUACUAAAGGGAAUGUUGCCUAGAUUUUCUCACCCAAUGAUAUAGCCCACUGUACUAUGAAAAAUAUUAAUAUUCAUGAAAAACUUUUUUUAAAAACAUAUAACUUUGAUCUUAAUAUUAUUUGGCAAACUUCUUAAUUAGCAUAAUACACAGAACUUUUAUUGAUUAUAUAAGACUCUUAUCAUGCUAUAUACAAACACAUGGGAUAUCAAAA